UCGACCUUUCGGUGGAGCACUGAGAAAAGCUUCUUCUGCCAUGGCGGUCUCCUUAUUGGAGAGAUUUAUUUUCCCACCACCGGCUUCUCUCUUCAUCACGGGAAUGUCGGCGAUUGGCUUAUCAUUAGCCGUUAUUGGGAUCGCCGAAGUACGAGGAAAGCACUUGCAGUAUUCCAAAUUCUGGAACGUAAAUUCUCCGAAACAUGGAAGAAAGCAAAUUGAGCUUUCUAGCAGAACCGGGAUGCUCUUUGCUUAUACUCCGGCAUUUCUUGCCGGUCUCGCAUCGUUUGCGCUUUUCCGGCAUCAGGAUCUCCGAUUUCUGCUGCUCCAAGCAGCUCUAACCCUUCAUUUCUUCAAGAGGAUCUUCGAGGUGCUAUUUGUUCAUAAAUACAGCGGGGGGAUGAUUCUUGAUUCUGCAAUUCUUAUCUCUCUUAGCUACUUUGUGACCACUGUAACCACGAUCUAUGCCCAAACCCUAACCCUAGGGAUUUCAGAGCCACCAGUUGAUUUGAAGUAUCCUGGAAUUUUGUUGUUUCUUAUUGGAAUCAGUGGCAACUUUUACCACCAUUACCUCCUUUCCAAGCUGAGGGGAGAGGGUGAGAGAGAGUACAAGAUUCCAAAGGGUGGUUUAUUUGAGUUAGUGAUAUGCCCACACUAUCUUUUCGAAAUUAUAGGGUUCUUGGGGAUCUCAUUUAUAUCUCAAACAUCGUAUGCAAUCUCUUUCACUUUGGGCAGUAUCUUUUACCUUAUGGGAAGGAGUUAUGCAACUAGGAGAUGGUACCUCUCCAAAUUUGAAGAUUUCAGUGAGGAUGUCAAGGCUCUCAUUCCAUAUGUUUUCUAGAAUGUAAAGCACCCUGAAAAGUGUGAUCAAUUAGUUUGAAGAUAUAUAUGGUUAGUUUGAACAUUUGUUCGUU